GGCAGUGGAGUCUGGGCCACAUGGCAUCAGGGCAUGACGGGCUGCAGGAAGUUGGGCCAUCAGGUGCAUCUGGCCUGGCUAAACCUGUCUAUCUACAGCGCCUGGAAAGAUCCCUGAAGUUGGACAGCUUUCUGCGCCAAACCGCCGCCCUGUUUAACAGAGACGUAACCAGUGACGACAGCGACGACAGCGAUGACAGCGACGGUGCACUGGGGUCAGGGCUGUCCCUGGAGCCCUCCACCCAACACGCAGCUGUGACGGUGAAGAAUGAGCCCUGUGAGCCAGAGGACGGGCUGUUAGAUGGGAAACCCCUAAACGGAGUUCUGCAGGGUAAAGAACAAAAGACAGAUAAAAUGAGCCUCUAUAAUUUUUCCAAGCUGAAAAAGAACAGGAAGUGGCUCAAGAACAUCCUGUUGAGCGACGACACCACGGACUCCGACACGGACUCGGACGAUUCCAGCCUCAGUUUGUCUCGGGAGGAGCUGCACAACAUGCUGAGGCUCCACCGUUUCACCCGGCAGCAACAGAGCAAGUUUUACUCCGACCGAGAGCUUUAUCAGUAUCAGCACUACAGCACGGGGCUCCUGUCAACUCAUGACCCUUUCUAUGAGCAACAGCGUCACCUGCUGGGGCCAAAGAAGAAGAAAAUUAAAGAGGAGAAGAAGCUCAAAGCUAAACUGAGGAAAGUGAAGAGGAAGAAGAAAAGAGGAGAGGGAGAAUUUCUGGAUGAAGACCGUCCUUACGUGAACAGGAUCUUUGCCAAGUUUUCCCAUGAUGCUCCGCUGCCCAUGGUGAAGAAAAAGCAUCUCACCGUUGAGCAGCUGAACGCACGGCGGCGUAAAGUGUGGCUCACUGUGGCUAAAAAGGACAUUCCCAAGUCUUUCAAGCAGAAGACCUCUGCUAAGAACUUGGUAUUGACAAAUGCUAAAAAGCUGGCUCACCAGUGCAUGCGAGAGGUCCGGCGUGCAGCCAUCCAGGCUCAGAAGAACUGCAAGGAGACGCUGCCCCGCGCCCGGCGCCUCACCAAAGAGAUGAUGCUCUACUGGAAGAAAUACGACAAAGUGGAAAAAGAGCAUCGAAAGCGAGCGGAGAAAGAAGCUCUGGAGCAACGCAAACUUGACGAGGAAAUGAGAGAGGCCAAGCGUCAGCAGCGCAAACUGAAUUUUCUCAUCACCCAGACGGAGCUCUAUGCUCAUUUCAUGAGUGGAAAAGCCAGCAUGGCGGGUCCAGGAGGAGACGCAGCUCAGGAGGAAAUUCUGAAAAAGCUCGAGGACAAUUCAGCCCAGAGACAAAUAGACGUUGGAGGAGGAAUAAUGGUGAACAUGGGGCAGGAGGACUACGACAGUGAAUACUACAAAACGCAGGCGCUGAGGAAUGCCAGAGAUGCUUAUCAGAUUCAUCAGGAGAGAACAAGAAUGUUUGACGAGGAGGCUAAAGACAGUCGCAGCGCCUCUCUGCACGUGGCGUGGGGCUCCUCCUCGGGGCUCGGCUCCGGCUUUGGGGAAAGCUACAGCCUUUCAAACCCAUCCAUCCAAGCGGGAGACGACAUUCCUCAGCCCACCAUUUUCAGCGGAAAACUGAAGGGUUACCAACUCAAAGGCAUGAACUGGCUGGCCAACCUCUAUGAGCAGGGAAUCAAUGGAAUCUUGGCGGAUGAGAUGGGACUGGGAAAGACGGUUCAGAGUAUCGCCCUGUUGGCCCACCUAGCAGAGAGAGACAACAUCUGGGGUCCGUUCCUGAUCAUCUCCCCAGCGUCCACACUCAACAACUGGCAUCAAGAGUUCAGCCGCUUUGUGCCCAAAUUCAAGGUGUUACCUUACUGGGGGAACCCUCAUGAUCGCAAAGUGAUUCGGAAAUUUUGGAGCCAGAAAACUCUUUACACACAAAACGCACCUUUCCACGUUGUGAUAACGAGCUACCAGCUCGUGGUUCAAGACGUGAAGUACUUCCAGCGGGUGAAGUGGCAGUACAUGGUCCUGGAUGAGGCCCAGGCUCUGAAGAGCAGCUCCAGUGUUCGAUGGAAGAUCCUUCUGCAGUUUCAGUGUCGAAACAGACUCCUGCUGACCGGAACGCCCAUCCAGAACACGAUGGCCGAGCUGUGGGCCCUGCUGCACUUCAUCAUGCCCACGUUGUUCGAUUCCCAUGAAGAGUUUAACGAAUGGUUCUCCAGGGACAUCGAGAGCCACGCUGAAAACAAGUCUGCCAUCGACGAGAAUCAACUCUCCAGAUUGCACAUGAUUCUCAAGCCCUUCAUGCUUCGCAGGAUCAAGAAGGACGUGGAGAAUGAGCUCUCGGACAAAAUCGAGAUCCUGACCUACUGCCAGCUGACGACCCGGCAGAGGUUGCUCUAUCAGGCUCUAAGGAACAAGAUCUCCAUCGAGGAUCUGCUGCAGUCCUCCAUGGGGACGGCCCAGCAGGCCCACAGCACCACGUCCUCGCUCAUGAACCUGGUCAUGCAGUUCAGGAAGGUGUGCAACCACCCUGACUUGUUUGAGCGUCAGGAGACACGCUCUCCUUUCCACAUGUCCCUCAAGCCCUACGUCAUGCCAAAGUUCCUGUACCGUCACGGCCUCCUGCACGAACACAACCGGACCAAGAACAAAUUACUUCAAGUGCUGCUGUCUCCCUUCUCUCCACAUCACAUCCAGCAGUCUCUUUUUCACAGAAAGGACGACGACAAAGGAAGCUGCUUCUCCUUCUUGCGUUUUAUCGACGUGUCACCAGCUGAGAUGUCCAACGUGAUGUUGCAAGGCACUUUAGUCAGAUGGUUAGCUCUUUUUCUAUCACUGAAAGCUGCGUACCGGCUCUACUACCAGCGCCUGUUCAGCCAGGACGAAGGGUGUGGGGUGAAGUCAGAGCCCAGGGGGGCACAUCUGUCUCGCAGAGGCUUGAUUUUGUGGCUCGACAGAUCGAUCACCUUCCCCAACAUGCAAACCAGCCCCGUCAUGCAGGAUUUGGUGUUCACAGCUUCCAGUCCUGGCAUGUUGGCUCACUGGGACGUAAGGAUCCACAGCAGAAGCACGGCCACCUCCGUGCUCCGGCCCUGUCAGCGCACGCCGCCACCCAAGUUCCUGUUAGCCGCCACACCCAAGGUGACGGCGGUUCCCAUGGAGCGUUAUUGCACCGACAGGAGCGCUGAGUACGAGUGGCGAGUGACACGCAGCGGAGGGGGGCUGAUAUACAAGCAGUGCUUCCUGUAUGGCUCCCCUGAACUGGCGUCGGAUUGGUGUGCAAGGGCCAACGCCUUCUACCCACAAUGCCCCGGGGGGGUGAUGGCCCUGCACCCUCGCCACGGAUGGUCCUUCAUUCAGAUACCUGAUAAAGAAAGCCUGAUCACGGAAAGUGGCAAGCUCCACACCUUGGACAUCUUGUUGAACCGGCUGAAGGCCCAGGGACACAGAGUCCUAAUCUACUCCCAGAUGACUCGCAUGAUCGACCUGCUUGAGGAGUACAUGGUCUAUCGUAAACACACCUACAUUCGCCUCGAUGGAUCCUCGAAGAUUUCUGAGCGCAGGGACAUGGUGGCUGACUUCCAGAGCCGUACGGACAUCUUCGUGUUUCUGCUCAGUACGCGGGCCGGAGGACUCGGCAUUAACCUGACAGCCGCUGACACUGUUAUAUUUUACGACAGCGACUGGAACCCCACGGUGGACCAGCAGGCCAUGGACAGGGCUCACAGGCUGGGUCAGACCAAACAGGUCACCGUGUAUCGCCUGAUCUGUCAGGGCACGAUCGAGGAGAGGAUCCUGCAGCGCGCCAAGGAGAAGAGCGAGAUACAAAGGGUGGUCAUCUCAGGAGGCAGCUUUAAACCCGACACCCUCAAACCUAAAGAGGUGGUCAGCCUGCUUCUGGACGACGACGAGCUGGAGAAGAAACUGCGUCAGAGACAGGAGGAGAAGAGGCAGCAGGAGGAGAGCAGCAAGGUGAAGGAGCGCAAGAGGAAGAGGGAGAAGUACGCCGAGAAGAAGAAGAACGAGGAGUUCGAGAGCAAGCGGAAAAAGGAUGCGAACCUGGUCAUCCCUCACGCUCCCUCGGCCGACAACUCCAACCUGUCGGCCGAUGGAGACGACUCGUUCAUCAGCGUGGAGAUGGACUCGGCCAUGCCCAGUCCCUUCAGCGAGAUCUCCCUGAGCAGCGAGCUCCAGCCCGGCUCUCUACCCCCGGACGCCGACGCGGACGAGAGCAGCAGCGACAUGCUGGUCAUCGUGGACGACCCGGUUUCUUCGGCGCCUCAGUCUCGUGCCACCAACUCCCCCGCAUCCAUCUCAGGGUCGGUCUCUGACAACGUGAACGGGGUUUCAGCCUCAGACACAAUCAGUCCUGGCAGAGGCAGGUCCGGUCGGAAUCGUGGACGGCCCAAAGGGUCCGGAGGCGGGGCGAAGUCUGGAGGGAAAGGACGUGGGCGGAAGUCUACGGCGGGGAGUGCGGCAGCUAUGGCUGGAGCCAUGGCCGGAGCAGCAGCUGCUUCAGCUGCAGCUUAUGCUGCUUACGGCUACAGCGUCUCCAAAGCCGGCCUCUCUGCUUCCAGCCCCCUGCAGCCCUCUCUGGCCCGGGCGGGGCCCGGUCCUGCCUUCCACCCCAGCCAGAGCUCCUCUCCUCACGCCAAAGGAGGCCCGGCGACCCUGAGCCCCCACAAACAGCUGACCCACAGCCACCAUCACAGCAGCCACGGCGCCGUCAGGAAGGGCAAGGGCCCCGCUGGACCUGGGGCUCGAUGACAUCCUGCGCCCGCAUGCCUUC